AUGGAUGCAGCGGAUCCGAACAUGCAGAAGCAGCUGCAGCAGCAGCUGCAGCAGCAGCAGCAGCAAGAGGAAAAGCGCAAGGCAAUUGAAGAGCAGAGGAGGAUGACCAUGAGGUCUGUGCUCUCGCCGGAGGCUUACCAGAGGCUCUCUCGCAUUCAUUUGGUGAAGCCCGAAAAGGCGAUGGCAGCAGAAAAUUCCAUCAUGCAGGCAGUCCGCGCCGGAGCCAUCGUGCCCCCCGUGAGCGACGCCGCACUUGUGGGCAUUCUGCAGCAAAUGAGCGAAGCCGAAACCAAAAGCAGGGCCGAGAAUAAAGCCGUUGUGAUUCGAAGACGGAGGCUGUCUGAUGACGAAUCCGAUGAAGACAUCUAA